CAAUACUAGUAGUGAUAACUGUUGUCUCCUUUCAACACAACAACAACACACUUGUAUUAAAUCACUUAAUAUUUUAAUUAUAAUAAUAAUAAUAAUAAUAUAACUGUUUUUAAUAGUCACACCUAACUAACUGUAUGUAUGUAUGUUUCAAUCAUAUAUUUAUAUACAUAUAUACACAGUGUAUAUAUAAAUAACUAAAAUAACUAUUUUAAUGGUGACAUCAAUAUCCAUGUAUUACUACUAACUAUAAUUAUUAUAAUAAUCCCAAUGACUGGUCGACCCCAUUAUCGGCACCGACAUCAUCAUCAUCAUCGUAGUCGUCAUCAUCACCACCACAACCACCACCAGGUAUAAGGUACUAUAGCCCUUUCCCCACCACCACUACUACUACUACCCCUACCAACCGUGCGAUAACACCAUCGCUAUUGACAUCACACACGAUAUCGGAUACCCGACAACAACGACAACGUGUUUGGUUUUUGACCGGUUUAUUGUCCGGCAAUUGUUGUGUGUUGUUUAUGUUGUUGUUGAUGACCAAUGAUUGUCCACUGAUUGGAUCCAUUUAGUAGAUCCGUGUGUCUGUGAAAGUCUUUUGAAGAGUGAUCCACAAGAAGACGCCGUUGUCGGCCGGCAUUUGUUUGCCAAUUAUUACUUAAUUUGAUUAAUAAGUUUAGCCAACCCGACGACACAAAGACCACCAUCACUGAAGAUGACGACUGUUAUGUCAAAGAUGAAACAAAUAACCGACAACUAUGGACUGCCCAAUCACUAUCUGACCCGCGGGCUAUCGUACGCCAUAUUUGCCGCCUAUUUUGCCAAAAUUGGUUAUCCGUAUAUACGGAAAAGCAUAUCGUGUCUGUCAUCGCAGGUCAAGUCGGCUCAGGACAAGAUAUCGACCACUAGCCCCGAAAAACAAUCGUCGGCAGAGCCCGAUUUGUUAGCCUCUGGAUUGCGCCGGUCGUCGUCGAUGCACGACUCGGCCGGCGGCGACUAUCCGCCGGGAUUAGGAGGACAUCGGAAAAAAGAUUCGUACAGUAAUUUCGGACCAAAACGGGACAACUUUUUCGGCAAAUUCGAAGAAUUCUGUAUACGAAUGCUCUAUAAAUUUCAGUCCAUUACCGGCGUUAACGUAACAUUUAUUGUACAACUAAUCAAAUUGAUCCGUAUUAUGGUUCCCGGACUCAGGAGUGUCGAAGUAUCACUACUAAUACUCCAUACAGUCAGCCUAAUAUCGCGAACAUUUUUGUCCAUCUAUGUGGCCAAUCUCGAGGGACAGGUAGUCAAAUAUAUUGUCCGACGCGAUAUUGUCAACUUCGGUUGGAUGCUAUCCAAAUGGCUGUUUGUGGCACUGCCGGCCACUUUUGUCAACUCGUUGAUCCGUUUUCUCGAAAGUCAACUAUCCUUAGCCUUCCGUACCCGACUGGUACGCUACGCCUACGAAUUAUACUUCAAAAACGAGACCUACUAUGCCGUAUCCAACUUAGACGGCCGACUGGAAAAUGCCGACCACUCACUAACCGACGACAUCACAUCAUUUUGUCAACAUUGCGCUCAUCUCUACUCACACGUAACCAAACCAUUGCUCGAUGUAUGUGUCAUAUCAUUUACAUUGUUCCGUAUGGCCCACUCAAUGGGCGCCAACGGAAUGCCCGGACCGCUAAUGGCCUCCGUAGUCGUACUGUUUACGCACGGUAUACUUCGCUGGUCGUCGCCUCGAUUCGGCAAAUUGGUUGCCGAAGAAGCCCGACGUAAAGGUUUCUUACGAUUCAUACACUCGCGUGUGAUCGCCAACGCCGAAGAGAUUGCCUUCUACGGCGGCCAUCAGAUCGAAAUGAAUAUACUUCAGCGAUCGUACAAAGAGUUGGCCCGUCAGAUGAAUGUCAUAUUCAAUAAAAGACUUUGGUAUAUAAUGUUGGAACAGUUUCUCAUGAAGUAUGUCUGGAGCGCUACCGGUAUGGUCAUCAUUGCCGUACCGGUAAUGACUGGUAUGUCGAUGCCUGCCAGCGAAGAUGGUGGAGGUGGAGGAGAUCAUCACCGGCCCAGCGAUGAUGUCAGCGAACGGACACAGUAUAUGACAACCGCUAAGAAUAUAUUGAUUUCCGGUGCCGACGCUCUCGAGCGACUACUUUCAUCCUAUAAAGAGGUUACCGAAUUGGCCGGCUAUACGGGUCGGGUGGCCAAAAUGUUGACCGUUUUCGAGGAGGUCAGUCAGGGAAAGUUCAAGCGUACGAUAGCUAAGUCAUCGAAUAAAUUGAAAAAAUCUAAUCAAUCUUUCCUAUCAUUUAAUGACGGAAUGCCUGAAAUAAAAGGUCAAGUGAUUGAAGUAAACGGUUACAUACGGUUGGAAAAUAUGCCUAUAAUUACACCCAAUUGCGAUGUAGUUGUUCCCAGUCUAUCAUUUACGAUGACAACUGAUAUGCAUUUGUUGAUAACUGGUCCGAACGGUUGCGGUAAAAGUUCACUGUUUCGUAUACUGGCCGGACUGUGGCCAACAUUUAGCGGUAAACUGGAACAUCCGGAAUCCAAGCAAAUGUUUUAUAUACCGCAGCGACCGUAUAUGUCGUUGGGUUCGCUAAGAGAUCAAGUUAUAUAUCCGGAUGAUUGGGAAACGAUGCAAAGCAAGGGUAUUACCGAUGAAGAUCUGAUGGAAAUACUAAUUCAGGUACACCUCAAGCAUAUUGUCAUUCGCGAAGGCGGUUGGAAUGCUAGCGGAGACUGGAAGGACAUACUCAGCGGCGGUGAGAAGCAACGUAUGGGAAUGGCUAGACUUUUCUAUCACAGACCUCAAUUUGCAUUACUGGAUGAGUGCACGAGUGCCGUAUCCAUUGAUGUCGAAAGUCAAGUCUAUCAGACAGCCAAAGAUAUGGGCAUAUCGUUGAUAACGAUAACACACAGACCAUCGCUAUGGAAAUUUCAUACACAUCUACUGCAGUUCGAUGGCGAAGGAGGUUGGCGUCUGGAACCGUUGGAUACAUCAACUCGUUUGACACUGAGAGAAGAAAAAGAAAAACUAGAGUCAUCACUGGGAGGUGUUCCCAAAAUGCAAAACCGAUUGCAAGAGUUGUGUUCAAUUCUAGGCGAAGACAGUGUACUACUUCUACGCAAAAGUGACGACGACUGCCAUUCGACGCAUUCGAGUUCGCAAAAAUCAGAAGAUUCCGCUGAAGACAUGUCUGACAAUACCAGUCAUGUCAGUACUCUUUCCGAUUGAUUAUUAUUAUUAUUAUUAUUAAGUUAUUAUAAACUCAAU